UCCAACAUAACAACCCAAAAAACACAAGGAAAAGAAGAAGAAGCUGGUGAAAGCAAAGCUCAAUCAAGAGCAGGAACUAUCGACAGCAGCCAUGGCAAUGGAAGGUAGCAACAUCAACAGCAACAGAGAAGACUUUACGGUGGGUUGCUUGCUUUCUAUCAAAACCACCUUAGGCGAAGAGUUUCAUGGACAAGUCAUUACCUUUGACCGGCCCUCCAACAUCCUCGUUCUUCAAGAGGGAUCGAAACCUGGUCCGAAGAAAAACAUAAGGUUUUUGAAAGCAAAUUAUAUAAAGGAGUUUUCUUUUCUGGGUCAAGCCGAGGACCCACUUGACAUCAAGAAAUGUUAUAUUGAUCUCCACAGUCUUCAAGCCAGGGAGGAAUUGGCUUUAAGGCAAGCAGAAGCAGAUGCUGAGAGGAUUGGAGUGGGUGUCACUGCUGAGGCACAGGGCAUUUUUUAUGCCUUGUCUAAGACGCUUCCAGUUCGCUGGGACAAAACAUCCAUAGUUGUGAUGAAUGAAGUUCAUGUUAGUAGUCCAUACCUGCCUGAAUGUGUCAGUGGAGGAACUCCUGCUGCCAAUGACAGGGUGAAGAAAGUGCUUGAGCUCGAGAGGAAGAGGUUGCAAGCUCGUGGUGCCAGUCAGUGAAGAUUUUAUUUUGCUUUCUGCGACUGCCUGGAAAGCACCUCGUGUAACGGAUUAGCGUGGGUACCCAACCUGAGGUACAGCCAUCUCUGGGAAAAGCAUGAUUCCUUAAGCUAAGACCAUUCAGAUUUUCUUGACAAGGGAAUUUUAGUUUUCACCUAGACAUUAAUUUGUAGCUAUUCUUUCAUGGUUCUGCUUCUGGCGUUUUAGUUGUAUCAUUAUUGAGUGUUCUGGAGCAAAGCAAAGGUAAGUGAUCCGGUUUUCUUUAGCUAUAAAUUAAUAGCGUGUUGCAACAUCCGCAGAUGUAUGUGAAACAAGUCUGCCACCAACCAGUAUCAAGAAAUACACGAGUCAUUUUCUUCUC